ACGUCCAGGCUGCUCUGUUUGAUUGUUGAAUGACUGGAAUUGCCUCUUGCUCAGAGGUCAGUCUUGUAUGAGUCCCUACUCUUUCUUCUGUACACUGGAUGGCAGUAGGACCCUUUGGGCAGACUUCUAGAAGGGCGUGUCCUGGUCCACAUUUCAGCCGCCAGGAGGUCCUCGUAACACAUAGUAUACCGCGAAGACGCUUAGAAAGUAGUUGUGGGUUCUGUAUUUAUUUUACCUGUGUCAAUCCUACUUUGGCUCAUCUUCGACAAUGCCUUCAGUUAACAGCUUGACGAUUGUUUACGAAGCGCUGAAUGAGUGCGGGACGUUUUCGGAGGGAGACAACAUAAAUGGAAAAGUAACACUGGAUUUGCAAAAGGAAAUAGGAGUCCAGGCCCUGUUUAUUAAAAUUAAAGGAGAUGCUGAUGUCCGUUGGACUGCAAAGCACGGAGAUCACACCCGUACCUACUCUGCGCACACAAGAUAUUUCAAACUGAAAACGUUUUUAAUACCAGAGGCCUCAAACGACACAGUUGUUCCCCAAGGGAUCCAUGUCUAUAAUUUCAGCUUCAACAUACCACCAGAAAGCAUGCCUUCAUCCUUCAGGGGAUGUCAUGGGAAGAUCAUCUACAAGCUGGAAGCUGUACUGUCCAGGAGUUGGAGGAUAAACAAAACAGUAGAAGAGGAGAUACAUUUUGUAUCCAAGUCCUUUCCAAACUACCAUUCUCUGAUGUCACCCCAAGUGGGUUCAACAACCAAAGAGAUGGGACUUUUCACCAAAGGACAUGCACAGAUGGACGUGACUGUUAACAAGAGGGCGUAUGUCCCAGGUGAAACAAUGGUGAUUGCUGCAAAAGUCGACAAUUCCUCAUCCAAAGACAUGACACCCAAAUUCACUUUAAUCCAGGAUGUCCUGUACCUUGCCAACAGCAGUACCAAACAUAAGAGCAAUGUUAUCUUCAGAAUGGCUGGCAAAGGUAUUAAACCCCAAACACAGGAGGAGCUCAAGUGUGAAGUCAAAAUACCUUGUGAUCAGAAGCCAACAAUCCAAAACUGUGACAUUAUCAAAGUGGAAUACCAUUUAAAGGUAUGCAACAGUGUAAUAAAUCCACUGACAGAGCUAUUUUCACUUAAUUCUUUAUAA